AUGCUUUUAGCUUGUCCUUACAUAGUUACUAUUCCUAGUUAUAAUAUAGUCACUAAAGAAUCUUAGGGCUCUACCUUCGUUUAAUACUGCAUAUUAAUUGAGCAUAAGAUCUCUAAAAAUGUAAAAUCCCUUAGGUUUAGGUAUAAAGAAUUGAGAAAUUUGCAUGAAUUAAUAGCAAGAGAAUUAGAAAAAUUUAGGGUUUCAAUUGCGCUUCCAGAAUUCCCAAGCAGAAAGAUGUUAGGCAAGACAAAUACAAAUGAAAGUAGCAUUAUCCAAAGAAAAAAUGAUUUAGAGAUUUACUUAAAUGAGCUGAUUCAUUUUACUUAGGUACAAGCAUUAUAAACAGUCAGUCAGCUACUUCCUUCAUCCGUAGAUGUACUUGCUAAAUAAGACAAACAAAACUCAGCUAAAAACUCUAUAGCAUAAAAAGAUGACCUUUAUUUUAUGGAUGAGUCUGAAUGCAUUGAAAGCCACUACAAUAGAGAUAGUAUCACUAAAAUGAAUAACAACUAGAUACAAGUAAAAAUAAAAUCAUUUGAAAGAAAAGAUGACACUAUUCUAUACAAUGUUCACUUUUAUCAUAUGACAUCUCACUUAAAGUGGAAAUCUUAAUAUAGAUAUAGUGAAUUAAAAAAUUUGCAUCUUGGAAUCAAGUCCUGCCAUAAUAAUAAAUUUAUAACUCUACCUGAAUUUCCUGGAAGAAGCAUAUUCCAUAGUACUAAUGAUAACUUAGAAGAAGUGUACAAAAGACAAAUGAAGCUGGAAAAAUACUUGAAUGAUCUCUUGGAAAUCGAAAACAUUUAUCCUAACAACCAAGCACUAAAAAAUUUUAUUGAUUCUUCCAAGAGAUAGGCGUUUGCAGAACAAAUAACUCAAUAAUAUUUAAAAGAAAAUAACAUUUAAUACAACUAAAGCAUUAAUUUAUAAAACAAUAACAUAUAAAAUGGGGAAAUAAAUAUCAAAAAAAAGUCCUCUAAAUUUAAAUUCUCCUAACAUGUAGAUUUCGACUCUCUUUUAUUUUAUAACCAAACCGAACAUGCACUUGCAAAACAAUAAAAAAAAAUAUUGAAACGCAAAAUUAAGAAAACCUUAAACUCUCUUUCAAUUUAGUUAGUUUAUGAAGAAAGAGAAAUUGACGAAUAAAACAGCGAUGAUGAAAAUUGA